AUGAGUAAUAGCAGCCCCGACAUCUGGGGUUUGUCCGAAUCAGAGGCUCUGGCCAUCGAAAAUGCCACCGGGGCAGCUGCUGCAGGAGUACGAGAGGAUGGUGGCGGACAGGGACACGGAGACUGCAGUCCAAGUGAAGGUGCAGCUACUCCUGCACAAAUUUCCCCCAGAAGCCGUGACACAGCGGAGGCUUUUCCCCGCCAGCGCGCCCACACUGAGACACGUGAAGGCGCAGCUGCAGGUCUGCCCUCACCUGUCAAAGAGGAGCCCACUGACCUGGAGACGGUCAUCAAAUGGGAGGUGUGUGAGGGCGGUUUGCUGGACCGGCAGGAAGGUCAGCAUGGAGCCGAAUACCUGCGUGCAGAAAAAGCAAUACUUCUGGAGGUUCUUGUUUCACUGGAGACCAUCAAACAGCAAAACUCCACUGUGCUAAAAAUACUGCAGACAGGAAAUUCAUCUGGAGCGCUGCUGUGUGAACCUCCAGAUGUGGAGACGCUUCCUCUGCCGCUGCAGUCGGUACAGGAGCUACGGAGCUCGGAGCAGCGACUCUGCACUGAGCCAGAGCCGAAGGGAAAAAUGAUCUCCUACCUCGGCCCGUCUGGAGGUAAGACGACCAAAGAGAGCGUAUGGAGGAUAAUGGCGAAGCUUUUUACCAACACUUUGGCCAAAAACAUCAACUGGAGGGGAAGAAAUAAGAAGCAGAAGAUCGAGAACCAAACCAUCAAGAGAGUCAUCCUCAACGCAGUCAGGCAGAACGCCUUCUGUAAGGACGCAGUGGACGAGGAGAUGGAGAGGUAUAUAAAGCGUUGGCUGCAGCUGGCAGGAGACCGAGAUGGAGGAAGAAAAAGAAGACAGGAAAAAGAGAAGGAAGCCACCAGCAUGGGGAACUGCUGUGUGGAUGAGAUGUUUACUGGUGCGACAGAGUAGCACCAAAUGCAUCUGCAGCACAUUUUAUUUUGACCCUUAUGACACGAGGUGGUUAAGAAAAGAUAAACUUUCCCUCUGAAUGCCCACAGAGCUGGAUUUACCUUACACUGCAUCCAAGUUAGGCUGUGAUAAAAAUGUAAUGGUUGCACUUUUACUAUUAGAGGUCAUCAUUCUGCUCUACAUGUUAAUCAUAUCUCCGUAUCAGUCAUUACAUACAGUCAUAAUCAUAUUUAUUAAUUUAAUAUUGUUUACAUGUUGUGAG